AUGAACUGCGAUGUUGUUGACACGGUGCAGCAACGAGAUCCGCCUCAACUUGAACAAGUCAACAUGAACCUCUCAGACCGACUGAAUUUGAUCGAAGAUCGGCUUGAGCAAUUUCAAAUCGAAACACAUCAAAUGCUUCGCGACUUAAACACAUUAAUACAGCGACAGCAUAAGAGCACAUUAUCCAAGAACAAAAGUCGGAAUGUGAAUGAAAGAGGCUCACCUAAAGGCUUGAAUGUAUUUAGGAAUGGACCUUUAGUGGGCACAACGGGUGCAACUGAAGCGUUGCGGCUUGUGCCACCCGAGAUACCGAAAGCGAUCAAUAGCGCGCUAGACGCCUUUACUGCUACAGCCACAAAUCCUUCAAAUUCUGCGGCUUCCAAAAAAGUAAUGAACACGAAUCUCACCUCUGUACCUGAGACACUUCAAAAUUCUUUUGAAGUCAGCGCAGAAUCGGAUCAGCAGCCAACACCACUGCAGCGCCGAAUCAUGAAACUCGCGCAUUCAGGCAAAUUAAAAGCUGAAAGAUCAUCUAGAGAAAACGAUGAAGUUUUUCGUACAUUUUCCGUCAGCUCCAUGAAUCUAGCUCAAAAAGUGAGCACAAUAAAAAAACGGAAGAAUAAUCUUUUUGAUGAGAAAUCGCGAAAUGCUACUGUGUCACCCGAGCAAAUAUUGUCAGCUCGCAACCUAGAAGGGACUGUUCAUCCGUAUUCAAUUCGCCACGAUUCGCAAAAACGAAGCGUCUGGGACGUGUUUGUCAUGCUGCUCAUUGUGCUCGACCUCGUAUUCACGCCUUUGUCGUUAGGUUUUAAUUACAAGUCUGAGAUUCUCGAUGGAUUUAAUAUUUUAGAGCCUGUGGUCUUUACAAUUGAUUUUUUCGUGCGAAUGUUCUCGACCUACGUCGAUGAACACGGGGACCUUAUCUCUGGUCCAACACAUACAGUUAAAAAUUAUAUUGUUAGUGGCUGGGCCAUUCCAGACUUUAUCAGUUGGUUUCCUUUUGGUGCUUUGGCAAAUAUCAAUCACGGUGACGCUCUCGGAUUUACCAAAAUUUUUCGACUGACCAAAGUAACCCAUCUCGCCUAUCGACUUCAUUCGACCAAGAAAGCAGGCGUGUUGCGAUUCGUGUUGCUGUUAGCACUUGUUCUCGUCAUUGCACAUUCAUUAGCUUGUUACUGGAGCUUUGUUGCUGUUGAGUGGCGAGCUCACUUAGACGAAGGACCGUUUCUUCCAAAAACUCUGUUUGAUGAGUACACUCUUUGUUGGUCGCUCGUCAUUGGCUGUGUCAAUGCCAGUCCUCCUAUCAUGUACUCGCCCAUCGAGUUAAUUUCAGUCGCGUGCUUUAUGCUAGUGGGUAACAUUCUCCAAGCAAGCGUAUUUGGUGCUGUGGCUGCCCUUAUUUCCUCAAUUGAUGAGGAUGAGGCAGCCUUUGGCAAAAAAAUAACCACAACGACGGAGCGGUGUCGCUUUCUUGGUAUUCCAGAAGAUCUUGCAAAACGCAUUCGUGGAUACUACGAACAUUUAUGGCGUGAAACGAAAAGCGUCAGUGCUGACGCCGAUGGUUUUAUUAACGAAUUAUCCCCCGCGCUAAUUUGUGAAGUUAAAUUUCAACUAUAUCGCGAUAUGCUUCAACGCAUUCCUUUCUUGUCAGCAAAAACACUGGAUCCUGCUGUAAUCGAGGUGCUUGUCCUGCAUCUUCGCACGGUCAUAUACAUGCAAGAUGAUGUUCUUAUCCGAAAGGGGGAGUUUGGAGACUGGAUGGGAUUCAUCGGAUCCAAAGGAAGUGUUGGUGUAUUGGAUCCGAACUCCGAAAAUUGUAAAAUUAUGUGCAUUCUCCGAAAAGGUGACUAUUUUGGGGAGAUGGCGCUCCUGCAAUACACAAAAAGAUCCGCGACGACCGUAGCGCUAACAUGGGUGCAGAUACAUGUCCUUUGUCGCCAAGAUCUCGACAAUGUGAAAGAAAUGUAUCCUAUUCAAGCGGGGAUUCUUGAAAAAGAAAUUACGAAGUAUAAGUACAUGACGUCGGGGACUGAGCGUUGGUAG